AUGGACGCCCUCCCGGCCGUGCUGGGCGCCGCUGCCCUGUUGCUACUGCUGCUCCUCACUGCGCGGCUUCUCCUAGCGAGGCGGAACAGCAGCCCCCGGACAGCUCCCCUCAGCCUCUUGGUGGUGGCCGGCUCCGGAGGACACACAACAGAGAUCCUGAGGUUACUCAGCAGUUUGUCCCAGUCAUACUCUCCUCGACAUUACAUUUUUGCAGAUUCAGAUAAGAUGAGUGAAGAUAAAAUACGUACUUUUGAACAAAAAAGAGCUGAAACUUUCUCCAAUUCCCAGUUUACCCUUAAUCGUAUUCCCAGAUGUCGGGAGGUGUGCCAGUCUUGGAGCUCUUCAGUACUGACAACACUGUACUCCAUACUUUACUCCUUUCCUUUGACUUUCAGACUAAAGCCAGAUUUGAUAUUAUGCAAUGGACCAGGAACAUGUGUUCCCAUCUGUAUAUCGGCCCUUCUUCUUGAGAUACUGGCACUAAAGAAAGUUAUCAUUGUGUAUGUGGAGAGCAUCUGCCGAGUGGAAACUUUAUCCCUGUCUGGAAAAAUUCUUUACUACUUUUCGGAUUACUUCAUUGUUCAGUGGCCUGCUCUGAAAGAAAAAUAUCCCAAGUCUAUAUAUCUUGGUCGAAUAGUAUGACAACAAAAGGCAAUUUUUAUUUAUAAUGAAUUCACAUUUCUGCAGGUAGCUCCUCUUUACAGUUAAAGGAUUAUAUUUAUUUUUUCCACAGGUUCUUGAUUUGAGAUUUACUGGUUGUUGCAAACCAAAUGUGUAAGUCAAACAGCCAAGACUUGAAAGCAGACUGCAAUAAAGAGUUACAUUAAGAAAAAAAAAGUAUUUCUGCAUA